UCGUAUUAACAAUGGCACCAGCUGUUGCAGGCAGGACAGGACAGGGCAGGGCAGGGCAGGGCAGGGCAGGGCCCUCUGUCGGCCACUGGGAAGAGUGGAAGGACGGGGCGGGGGCGAUGCCGUCAGAUCAGAGAGAGGUGAUUGACGGAGAGAUUGUCUGUGCGUUGCUGCCACUCAGUCUCAUGCGGAAUAUCCCGGGACGGACGCGGCUCGCUUUCAGCACGGCCCAUUUUCACGCCGCCCCAUCCUCAUUUCUCACUUUUUGUUGAUCCCAACUAGUUUGGACAUAGGCCACUUCUUGACCUGCCUGCCUCCACUCACUGCACUGCAUGUUGCACGUCAGCACGUCGCACAGGUGGCCGACCGUCGAGCGGGCUCCGUAUGGAUGAAUAAUCGACUUUGGUGGAUAUUUUUUGCUCUGUGAGGUGGCGAGGGGCUCUCCAAAGUUGCAGUCAGGACCCAGCGGCUUUAGGAAGAAGGGCUGAGGAUGGCCGUGGCGCUGGAGGAGGUAUGGGGGCGGGUCAAGAAUGUCUGCAAGCAAAACGGUCUCCUCAUCCUGUCCGUGCUGGCCGUGGUCAUUGGCUGCCUGCUCGGCUUCUUCCUGAGAGGCAAGCAGCUGUCCGAACAGGAGGUCAAAUACUUUCAAUUUCCUGGAGAACUUCUAAUGAGGAUGUUGAAAAUGCUCAUCUUGCCGCUCGUCGUUUCCAGUUUGAUGUCCGGUCUGGCUGCCCUGGAUGCCAAAUGCUCCAGUCGACUGGGCAUCAUGACCAUCUCCUACUACCUCUGGACCACCUUUGUUGCUGUGGUGGUGGGCAUCAUCAUGGUCUACAUCAUCCACCCCGGAGGAGCCGCUCAGAAGGAGGACUCGGAGGAGAGCAAGAAGCCCAUGACCAGCUCGGCCGAUGCUCUCCUGGAUCUCAUCCGCAACAUGUUUCCGGCAAACUUGGUUCAAGCUACAUUUCAACAGUAUCGAACCCGGAGAGAACCCGAAUUCAUCCCCAAACCGACAGUGGCUCAGCUCCUGGAUGAGACCACCACUCGGCGGGUCUACAUCUACGGCAUCCAGGACGACAACGGAAGCGACGUCCAGAACUUUUCUCUGGAUCUGACGCCGCCGCCGGACGUCAUCAUGAAGACGUCGGCGGGUACGAGCGAGGGCAUGAACGUGCUGGGGAUUGUCAUUUUCUCCGCCACCAUGGGGAUCAUGUUGGGGAGAAUGGGGCCCAACGGAAGCGCUUUAGUCAACUUCUGUCAGAGUUUGAACGAAGCUGUCCUCAAGAUCGUUGCCAUUGUCAUCUGGUACUUCCCCUUCGGUAUCGUUUUCCUGGUGGCCGGGAAAAUCUUGGAGAUGGACGAUCCGUCGGCCAUGGGGAAGAAACUGGGAUUUUAUGCCAUCACGGUAGUCAUGGGCUUGGUGCUGCACGGUCUUUUCAUCCUGCCGGCCAUGUAUUUCUUUAUCACCAAGAAGAGCCCCAUUGUUUACAUCCGAGGAAUUCUGCAGGCCCUACUUAUUUCCUUGGCCACUUCCUCCAGCUCUGCCACGCUGCCUAUCACCUUCAAGUGCCUCCUUGAAAACAACCACAUCGACAGACGCAUCAUCCGCUUCGUGCUUCCCGUGGGAGCCACCAUCAACAUGGACGGCACCGCCCUCUACGAGGCGGUGGCGGCCAUUUUUAUAGCCCAAGUCAAUAACUACGAGCUCGACUUUGGACAAAUCAUCACCAUUAGCAUUACUGCCACGGCAGCCAGCAUCGGUGCAGCAGGAAUCCCACAAGCUGGACUGGUUACCAUGGUGAUCGUGCUGACCUCUGUCGGUCUACCCACCGAUGACAUCAGUCUCAUCAUUGCUGUUGACUGGGCUUUGGAUCGAUUCAGGACCAUGGUCAACGUGAUGGGCGAUGCCCUGGCCACGGGCAUCAUGGCUCACAUCUGCAGAAAAGAUUUCAUUAAAGAAGGCGAACAGGUACCGCUGAUCUGCGAGACCAAGCCCAUGAUCAGCAUCCAGCAGAUGAUGAGCUACCAGAACCAGAAGAACGGCUGUUACCAAGCGCCUCCGGCGGGCGGCAAGCACGAACACCUUUCCCCGGACGUGGCCCGCCUGAUCCAGCUGGAGGAGGGCAUCCGACCCCUGGAGAAGAAGAAGCACGCUCACUCCUCCCACCACAAGAGAGGCCACAGGGACAAGGAGCACUGCUCCAUCGACAUCAACGGUCUGGAGACAAACGUGUAGAAGACAUCCGAGCCAGCGCUCGGACGCCGGGCCGGCGCCGUCCUCCCGCGAUGCGACUGAGGUCAAACGGCUCUAACGAGAGACACGUGCGAAGUGAAUCGAUGCGCUCACGCGUUGAGCAAUCCGAUAGAAUACAAAGACUUUUUUUUUUUCUUUUUCUAAUAACCACGUGCGUAUCUGUGAUAUAUGAUUGGGUACCGGUUGCGAGGCCGGCUUUGGGCUUUUUCAGUUCCGUUGCUCUUUUUAUACAAGGGUGAGUCAGCUCAAAAGGACAAGGAAGGCAGUACAAUAGAGCUUAUUUGAGAUAUAAUUAUAAACUUCCGCCCAAUCCCUCUGUGGACUGUGGAAAAAUAAAACCACUAGCAUCAGUUAUAUAUUGUAUCGACCCGUCUGAGAUAGAGUCUUGGACAAAUAGACUUUUUCCAUAUUUGAAUCGUGCACAAGGAAGUGCACAUACGCUACAAUAAACACAACUUUAUAAUUCGGUA